GUAUAUUUUAGCCAAUCACGGCCACGUGGGCGGGACUAAAAUGAAACUGCGGAAGAUUUAAAACGAAAAUGGCGGCUGAACAAGGUCCUCAAAACAAUCACAAACUGGACAGAAGGGGAACCAAAUGCAGCGUUUUUAACAGCCAGGAAAAGCCAAACGCAAGCCAGCCUGUGAUCUUUAACCCAGACUUUUUUGUGGAGAGGCUGAAACAUGAGCAUCCCCAGGUCUUUACGGAUUUGAUACUCAGCAAUAUCACUCGACUCAUAGACCUUCCAGGGGAUGAGUUUGCCCAGCUCACAGGAGAAUGUGAGCCAAGACUGCCCGCCACUGGCUUUCUGCGCUCCUUCAACUUCCUAAAACGGAAAGAAAAAGGAGUCGUUUUUGGUGCACCAUUAACCGAAGAAGGAAUAGCACAGAUUUAUCAGCUUAUUGAAUACCUCAGUAAAAACCUUCAUGUGGAGGGGUUGUUCCGUGUGCCAGGCCACAGCCUAAGGCAGGCAGCCCUGAGGGAAAUGCUGAAUGCUGGUGCAGAGUUGGAUCUAGAGUCAGGCGACUUCCACCCCAAUGAUGCGGCCACAUUGCUCAAAGCCUACCUGGGAGAACUGCCAGAGCCUCUGCUCACGCACCGACACUAUCAUGCUCACUUGAAGAUUGGAGAGCUGACUCGCUUUGAUGAUAAGGGGGAUAAGACAAAUGUGCCUGACAAGGAACAGCAGAUUGAGGCAUUUCAGCUGCUUUUCAUGUUGCUCCCACCAGCCAACCGCAGUCUAUUGAAACUGCUGCUUGAUCUGCUGUACCACACUGCCCGCAAUCAACACAUCAACAAGAUGUCAGCUAUCAAUCUCGCCAAAAUGUUUGCUCCACAUAUCAUCUGGCCCAAAAAUGUGACAGCAAGUGAUCUGCAGGGGAACAUCGAACAACUAAAUAAUGGCAUAGCAUUCCUCAUCAGGCACUCACAGAAAUUGUUCAAGGCACCUGCAUAUAUCAAAGAAUAUACUCACUUAUACUUCACUGGAUCAAAAACUCUUCAGUCAAAAGAUGACUUGAUGCUCUGUUCUGGGACUAAAGAUGGGCCCGUACCUAUGGUAGCAGCUGCGUCCCCUUCUCCCUCCAUAAGAACAACCAGAUGUGACGACUGCGGCACCAGUGGCAUCAGGUCAUCUGAGACUCAAAGUUAUACUGAAUCUGCCCUCAGAGAGCUGUACCAGCAGGUCAGCAACAUGCCUGAGUCUGCCAAAAAGAAGAAACUCAUCAGACAGUUUGAAAAGCAGUCUUUGCAGACACCUUCAGCUGACUCAAGGACGCCGUUCAGCAGGAAACACUGGCGUUCACGCUCCUUAGGUGGAAUUAUCAAGAGGAAGGUGUUGGGAAGCCAGGCAGUCACAGAGAAAGAGAACAGCACACUGCAGAGUCCUGCACCAAGCAGUUCAAGUGAGGGCAAAGGCAGAGAAAACGCCAGCUGUGUUGGACUUGUCCAGGAUUAAGCGUAUUUAAAAGAAUGAAAGAAUGUGCUCCUCACAGCUAUGGAAACAUCAGUCUGUUACAUCAGGGGUGUUAAAGGAUCUUUUUUAGACUAAACAGUGUAAUGCACCGUACAGGUUUGUUUUGACACCAUAUUUAGUCUGUACUCAGGUUUUAUUAAUUUAAGUCUUAAAUGUGAGAUCACCAAAAUUGAACUAUGUGGAUCUUGUGAGCUUUAUUUUCAGUCAAUGCAAUUAACCACUUUUCUUACACAGUCUACAGGACUUCCAUCUUAAAUGGAUAGUUUGUGUGUGUGUGUUUUUGUUUUUGUUUUUUUUUUUUAAAGCAGGUUUGUAUGAGGUACUUAGUCAGUGUUAUUACCUACAGUAGAUGGCAAUCAGCACAUCCCCAGUCUGGAGAAGCAACAGGAGUAUCAGUGAGAAUGAAGGCAAUGUGCUGCUGUGGACAGACAGCAAAAUGUAAUUUAGCCACUUAAAAUGGUCCACCUAAAAAAAAAAAUCAGUAUCACCUUAAGUGCACACGAUAUUUAGAAUAUUUUUACAAUGUUACUUUGCCACCAAACAGCCCUUUCUGAUGGGAAACUGAAGUGUCGCUCUGUGCUCUCGCCAAGACCCGAGAGGUGAGUGUCAUAACUGCUAAAUUACAUUUUGCUGCCACCCUACACAUACAUUGCUUAUCUUCCUACACUGGUACUCUGACUGCCUUUCCAGGGCGGCUGCUGUGUAGGUAAAAAACUGAGUAUCUCAGUACCUCAUACAAUCAUACAAUUUUUUUAUUCCUUGUUAAUUGAUGGUAUUCUGCUGGAUGCGAGUGUCAUGUAUUUGCGCCACUGAAUUUGUGAAUGUUUAGCCUUGUCAUCGACUGAAAUGCAUUCAUUUUAUUUGCAAAACUUUUUGUAUUUAUUUCUCAGCUCAACUGGAAUCUAGUGCAUCACGUGAACCGAUAAAAUGCGAUGUCCAGACUUUUCUAUUUAAAUGUUACAUUUGUGAGUUGCAACAAAUUUAGUUUGACUUACGUGGUCAGUUCAGACUGUUCAAGACUUUUAUUAGAAAAGCAAUCAAUUCAGAGAUGUGCCUUAAAGUGAAUAUAUGUUAAGCUACUGUAUAAUGCAGCUGUUAUCUGACCUUAAGAUUUUUCCUUUAUUUUUUGUCUUUAAUUUUCCAAUAGCUUUAAAAGUGUGCUGAAAUUGCUAUGAAUUAUCCACUGAUGUGUAAGUAAGUGGGAGGGAAGAGUAAUCAGAGAUCAGAGAGUGUGAUGAUACCAAGUGAAAGGCCUAAGGACCAGCUCGGGUAGAUUAUAUAGUAUUUUGUCUUGGUCGGUUUCCACUUUUGUUCAAGUCUUGGGUGUCAGUACUCUGAUACUUUAAACUACUGCUACUUUUAACUACAUCUUGGCUUUGCAUCUUUAUUUUAUUCUACUUUUUUUUGUUGUUUUGAUUCUUAUGCAACAUUGUAUACAGUUUUAUAGCUUUACAUACAUUUGUAUCUUUACAUGUAUUUAGCUAUUUAGUAUAAGAACUUUUUAUUAUUAUUUUAAAUAUUUUAUUGUCUGUUUUUAUCUUUUUGAUUUGGUUAGUUGAGUGCAAAUGAAGACGAAUCUCUUGUUUGCCUUUUAUUGUGGUUAUUGAACCCAGGUGCUUUUUUUUGGGGAGUUUGUACUGCUGCCACUUUUAAAGCCUCCUUGUUGUCUUACUCUUUCAGUAGCAGUUUGGAGGUCACCCUGCCAAGCAGUUACACUUACUGUAAUGUGACAGUAGCUGCAUGGUCAACUUAGCUGGCUGUGUAAACUGAUGAUACUGACACUACUGUGAAGCUAUGCAACUCGCUGUAAUUAAAAGACAACAGGCUGCA